ACGGGUGGAUAGCCUGAGGAUGUGAAAGUUUCAUGAAAGUUAUGUGCAAUUUGUUGCUCACAACUCAUCAUUUUCAGAUAGACAGACAGAUCAGAGUCACUCUGCCCUUUCUCACCAUAAUAGAUAGUUGACCAUGAAGAUCCAACGUCACUCCACGAAGCACUACAAGCCGCUGCGGGGUGCUACACGAUCGUGCUGUUCCCGGUGGGUCGGUUGUGCUUCGAUUAUGGCGAGAUUUCUCCUGGUUGGACUGGGACUCUUUGUGCUUUUUGAGACGGAGAGAGAUGCCCUUGACCGUGUCGUGGAACAAGCCAACGAGGAGAUGCAGCUCGAAACAAAUGGCAAUACUCGUGACAAUGCACUGGCAACACGGCACAUCGAGAAGACCUUUUCGGCCUGUCUGAUUCUCCAGAACGAACACGAGAAUCAGUAUCUCACGGAAUGGCUCGCGUAUCAUUGGCAUGUGUUGCCGCUUCGACGUUUAAUUGUCUGGAAGGACCCACUCUCGGAAACUUCCCCCGAAUCAAUCCUUUCACGAUGGCACGAGAAGAUGGAUAUCACCGUCUGGGAUCGGCCCCAACAGAUUUAUCCUGUCAGACAUCCCGAUCGCAAGAAGCAGCACUUCUACGAUGACUAUCAGCAAGACCAAGAUUUGCACGACAAGCUGCAUGCCCGCAAUCAACGACAGAAAGUCUUUUUGGGGAUGUGCUUACGAACUCUGAAACGAGAAGGACUCUCCUGGACCAUCCUCAGCCAUACCGAUGAGUAUGCAUUGAUUAAUCCUCGUGUCCGGAAUACCACCGAUCCAUUGCACGAUCGAGCCAGUAUUAUCCAUACAGGAACCAGAAUCGUUGAAGACGACGAUAUGGAAAGCCACGACAGCACCAGCAACAAAAACGACGACAAAAACAACUCCACCAAUGACAUCAUCCCUUUGACCAUUCCAUCUCAGAAUGAAUCUGGGUCGGUAUUGAAAUGGUUGCAACGUACACAACCCUACGCUUCCAUUGCCGCCCGUACUUCUCCUCACAACGUCCUUUUGAAGCAACCAUGCAUCCCUCUCACAUCCAAACAGUUUGGAACCUACGAACGGAAAGAUGCCAACAGCUUGAAGAACGACUUGAACAACAACCGCUCAUCCGCAUUUGCAUCCUUUUGGAAUUCAUCAUCUUCUUCUACUAUGCAACGUCAAGACUUUUUGACCUUGCGAUGGCAGUACUGGGGCCACGAGCUGCACGAGCAAAACAAGCCCAAAGUGCGCACGCACCUGUUGGAUCUGAGUCGCAUUCCAGUGUCCUUCCUUCAUUGGAAGGUGGAUUCGCAUCGACCGAUUCCCCGCUACGACAUUUGCCCCAUUCAAGUCAUUCAUGAACGUGACAAUAUGUUUGUGGUGCAUCAUUAUGCCGGUACCACGGAGCGAUUGAAGUAUGGCGACACCAAGACGAAGAAGAAUCCAGACGAGCUGGACGACAUUACCGCAACAACCCAAUUGAUCCGGGAAGAACGUCUGCAUCAAGACACCAUCCACAAUACCUUCUGGGAAGGCAAUACCGUUCCACAGUGGCUGGAUGGAUUUGUCGAGUCUGUGGGACCCCAAGAAGCCAAACGGUUGUUGGAGGGAGUUGGGCAUUUGCAGUAGCUGCUUGGUUACGAUUGCCACACGUUGGACUAGUCUACAUUAUUAAAAUGCACGAUUUCCUUUUUUACGUCCAUGUGCAUUUCACUCAUUCUCAGCAGCAUAUCUAUCUACUAGUAUCUACUUGGA